AUGUCAGGCCCACCCCCUCCUAACGGUUUCAACCCCGGUGCGUUCGAGUUCAGACCCGGUCAAGGUGCACCCUUUGUUCCUCGAGCUCAGCAACAGCCAGGUCAAGGCCAAGGUCAACAGGGCUAUCCAGGACAAGGGCAAGGGCAAGGAUAUGGUGGGUAUAAUCAAUAUGGUGGACACCAAGGUGGUUAUGGAGGAUAUCCUCAACAAGGUGCUGGCGGUUAUGGUGGUUAUCCUCAAUACGGUGGUGGAUACCCUCAACAACAACAACAACCUCAAUCACAAGCUUAUAUACCUCCUAACGCCAGAGGUAAUUUCCAACCUCAAGCCGUAAGGAACGUCCAGGGAAUCCAACCUCCAAACUUACCUCCUACAUCCUCUUCGCCCAAACCCGACUCUACGCCUGCUGGUAAACCCGUAUCACUAUCUAUCGGUGGUGGUGCACCCAAAGCUGCACCUUCAUUAUCCAUCGGCGGAGGGGCACCCAAAGCAGCUCCAUCUCUAUCUAUUGGCGGUGGUGCACCUAAAGCCGCUCCAUCUUUGUCGAUUGGUGGUCAGCCCAAAGCCGCUCCGUCGUUAUCUAUCGGUGGUGCUCCCAAAGCUGCCCCUUCGUUAUCUAUCGGUGGUGCCCCUAAAGCUGCUCCAUCAUUAUCUAUCGGCGGAGGCAAGAAACUUGAAGAGAAGAAAGAGGAAGAGAAGAAAUCCGAACCUGUCGAAGAUUCUACUCCCGCUCCAGCAGCUACUACCGAUGCUCAAGUGAAAGUCGUCGCUUCCACCACUGACGCACCUACCCCCGCAGCUUCAUCUACACCUGCUCCCACUUCUGUCGCUGCGUCCGGCACGUCCACACCAUCCGGUACGAACUACACCAAGGUCUCAGCUAAGAACGACGCGGAUGCGAUCCUGAAGGAACAAGCUGCGGCAGGUGCAGAAGCGCUCAAGGACUUGUAUGGAGAUGAUGUAAAAGAUACCAAUUCGAAAUCUCACUUGAACAUUAUUUUCACUGGACAUGUAGAUGCCGGUAAAUCCACUAUGGGAGGUCAAUUGUUGUUCCUUACUGGAGCGGUAGAUAAGAGGACAAUGGAAAAAUAUGAACAAGAAGCUAAAGCUGCUGGAAGAGAGACAUGGUAUCUGUCUUGGGCGUUAGAUUCGAAUAAAGAAGAAAGAGCUCAAGGAAAGACUAUUGAAGUGGGAAGAUCAUACUUUGAAUCUGAAAAGAGGAGAUACACGAUCUUGGAUGCCCCGGGACAUAAGACUUAUGUACCAAGUAUGAUUUCAGGUGCUGCUCAGGCUGAUGUAGCUAUCUUGGUCCUCUCCGCAAGAAAAGGUGAAUUCGAAACUGGUUUUGAGCGAGAAGGUCAAACGAGAGAGCAUGCGAUGUUGAUCAAGAAUAACGGUGUGAACAAGUUGAUUGUGGCUGUCAAUAAGAUGGAUGACCCUACUGUGCAAUGGGACAAGGAGCGAUACGACGACAUCUGCAAGAAGAUCACGCCUUUCCUCAAAUCCGUCGGGUUCAACCCUAAGACCGAUCUUACCUUCAUCCCCGUAUCAGGUCAAAUAGCUCAGAACAUCAAGGAUAGGAUAGAUAAGAAGAUUGCACCUUGGUAUGAGGGUCCUUCGCUUCUCGAACACCUGGACACGAUGGAGGUCGUGGAGAGAGACAUAGAUGCGGGUUAUGUCAUGCCAGUACAAGAGAAAUAUGCCGAGCUCGGUACCAUGGUCAUGGGUAAGAUCGAAGCCGGUCGGGUGAAGAAAGGACAUAAGUUACUCAUGAUGCCUAAUAAGACACCGGUCGAAGUCAGCGCCGUGUAUGCCGAGGCUGGGGAUGAAUUGGAACAAGGAUUUGCGGGGGAAUCAAUUCGUUUGCGCUUGUCCGGUAUAUCCGAUAAGGAUAUCACCCCAGGAUUCGUUUUAUGCUCCCCGCAACAGCCGGUCAAAACUGUUACUGCUUUCAGAGCUGAUCUUAGUAUAUUGGAAACAAAGAACAUCAUCUGUGGAGGUUAUAAUUGUGUAUUACAUGUACAUACCUUGGCUGAAGAAGUCACCUUGACCGCUCUGCUCAAUUACUACGACCGAAAGACAAGGCGCAAGAGUAAGAAGCCACCUCAAUUCGCUAAACAAGGAAUGCUCGUUUCGGUUUUGAUCGAGACUACAGCACCUAUUUGUAUUGAUACAUACAAGGAAUCGAAAAUCUUGGGAAGAUUCUCACUACGUGAUGAAGGAAAAACCGUUGCCAUCGGAAAGGUGACCAAGCUUAUUGAAAAAGCGGAAGAUUUACCUAACGUCGCUGGUCUUACACUUGCUGGUAACGCUACCGCUUAA